AUGUCAUUAAAGGUGGUGGGCAGAGUUCUCCUGCUCCAGCUGAUCGAUCACCUGACCCGUGGUUACCUUAGCGACCCGCUGGUGACCCGCCUCCUGAACAGCACCCGCGUCCACAUCCUGGUUUCCAUGAACCCCGACGGCUUCGAGUCCUCCAGCAGAGACUGCAUGUACUCCCAGGGGAGGUUCAAUAAGAACGGCAUCGAUCUGAACAGGAACUUCCCAGAUGCCUUCUCUAAGAAGGAGAGUGGAAUGAGAGAGAUGGAGGUGAGAGCCAUUAUGGACUGGCUGAAGACUGAGAGCUUCGUCCUGUCGGCCAACCUGCACGGUGGGGCUGUGGUGGCCAGCUACCCCUACGACAACAGCAACGGAGGUAGUGAGCUGCAGAGUGGAUCCAGUGUUGCCCCUGACAACGACGUGUUGAUCCAGCUGGCUAAGACCUACUCCUACACCCACAGCGAGAUGCACAAGGGAGACCACUGUUACGACUCCAAGGACUUCAAGGAGGGCGUCACCAACGGUUACUACUGGUACCCUCUACCAGGAGGGAUGCAGGACUAUAACUAUGUGUGGGGCCAGUGUCUAGAGAUCACCUUGGAGCUGUCCUGCUGUAAAUUCCCUCCAGAGAGUGAUCUGCCUGGGCUCUGGGACGCCAACCGGGCCGCGCUGCUGGCAUACAUGCAACAGGUCCAUCUGGGUGUGAAAGGGCAGGUGUUGGACACAGAGGGAAACCCAUUACAGAAUGCUCUGGUGGAGGUGGAGGGGAGACAGAACCUCUGUCCCUUCAGAACGGACCGCCAUGGAGAGUACUACAGACUGCUGCUGCCAGGCAACUACACCUUUACGGUGACGUUCCCGGGCCACCAGGUGUUGACGGAGACGAUGGCGGUCCCGUACGGUCCCGACUCAUUCUCGGCCCUCGUCCACAACUUCCAGCUGCAGAGGUCCGCAUCCACCACCCCUGGCCCCAGCCACCCCACCCAGUCCUGCACCCCACCCCAGGUCUGGAGGCCCCUGGGUGGCCACUCUCACAGCCUGGGCCCCUCGGGUGUCACCAUCCUCCUGGGUCUCCAGGUUCUCUGGAAUACCAUGUUACUGUGACCGAGAGAUGGGUCACGUCUCAAAUGGAACCUUAUUUCCUGUAUAGUGUAGGGCUCUGGUCGAAAAUAGUGCACUAUAUAGGGGAUAGGAUGCCAUUUGGGACGUAUCCAUGGAGACGGACAGACAGACUGACUGAGAUGGGAUCUCCCAGUCCAGAGACUUGGGACAUAUCCAUGGAGACGGACAGACAGACUGACUGAGAUGGGAUCUCCCAGUCCAGAGACAUUGUCUUUUUUUCAGUAUUUUUGUACAAACAAAAAAAUCCUAUAUAUAUUUUCUUGUAACACUUUGCAUUGCUCUACCUUGCACAAACACGUGAGCCAUUUUGUGUUUUUUUUUUUAUUGUAUGUUUUGUAUUGAUGCUUUUAGUUUUUUUUUUAUAUUGUGCUGAAAGAAAGCAAAACUGCCAGCCAGCAAUCUGUCAUGCCAAGAUAAGAAGAAGAGACAAAAGACAAGGGGGAAGGAAGGUUGUUGAGGACAAGGGGUAAGGAAUGGAGGGAGGGGUGUU